AUGAAAAGUCGAGGAGAAACCAUCAAGAAGCUUGAGUCCCAAGUAGGGUACUUAUCUCAACAAUUUCCAAAGUCCACUGAUAGCUUCCCAAGUGAUACCGAAAAGAACCCAAGAGGAGAAUCCAAGAAGGUAAGGUGGGAAGAAUACAAGGCAAUAAAUCUAAACAAUGAAGAGGUUCUGGAGAAAGAAUUCUACAGGCACUCAGAGCAUGAUGCAGGAGAGCCAAGGAAGAAUGUAAGGGAGACUGAGCAAACGACUAGCUCUAAACAGAGGAAGGAACAAAAAGAGAAAGAAGUCCUUAAAUCUUAUGUGCCACAAGCACCAUUUCCUCAGAGAUUCAAGGGAGGUGAGAAGGAGAGGACAUACACUAGAUUCCUGGAUAUAUUUAAGUCCCUUCAUGUUAACAUUCCCUUCCUUGAGACCCUGCAACAGAUGCCCAUAUACAUUAAAUUUAUGAAGGAGCAUCUUACCAAGAAGAACACCCUGAAGGGAGGACAAUCAGUGUUAAUGAACAAGGAAUGUAGCACCAUCAUCCAGAAGGACUUGCCUACUAAGAGAAAGGAUCCAGGGAGAUUUCACAUCCCUUAUGCCAUAGGGGAUACCAUGAUUGAUAGAGGAUUCUGCGAUUUGGGAGCAAGCAUCAAUGUAAUGCCUCCAUCUCUAUGA